AUGCACCGCAUUGCUGCGAAAUUCGUUCCCAGACAUCUGUCGCGAGAACAAAAAGACCACCGGCUACAAAUUUGUCAAGAUCUGCAGCAGCAAUGUCUGGAUAACCCGGAACUCUUAACAAGGAUCAUUAUCGGUGAUGAAAGUUGGAUUUAUGGGUACGAUCCUGAGACUAAGCAGCAAUCUUCGCAGUGGAAAAGCUCUCAAUUUCCACGACCGAAGAAGGCGAGACAGGUCAAAAGCUCAACAAAGAGCAUGAUCAUUGUUUUUUUCGAUAUUCAUAGGAUUGUGCACCGCGAAUUUGUUCCCACGGGUCAAACAGUGACUGGUGCUUUUUAUUGUGACGUUUUGAGACGUCUCAGGGAGGACAUUCGUCGGAAACGACCACAACUGUGGACAAAGAAGAAUUGGGUGCUCCAAGACGACAACGCGCCAGCAUACAGAGCACUCGUAACACAAAAGUUUUGUGUACGAAAUGUAACAUAA